AAUAAUGAAUGCAGCUUGGGGAACUUUGACGAACAUCAUUAUGAACAAGGAUGAGGGUCAAUUUUAUCAAGCUCUAGAGCAGAUAUAGAAAGUUUUCAUGAAAAAGUUAUCAAGACUAAGAAAAAUAAGAAGAAAUUGAGUAGACUUUUUAAAAAUCGACUAUCUGUGAAUCAAACCUCAAUGAAAAAGUCGAUUAAUUUGGAUUUGAGUCUGGGUAAAAACAAUUUACUGGAGAAUCCGUUCUUGAAAUAACUUUCCAACCAAAGCUCGAGAUAUCCUAAUAAAGACCCCAAGUCAAGAUCUUCUCAGCAACAAAUCAAAGGUAAAGAAACGCAAAAGGAAGAAUACCGAAAUUUUCACAAAAGCUAAAAGUGUUGCAAAGUACUCAAAGAACCGCCUGAAAUACCUCUAAAACAGAAAUAUCUUCAUGGGAAUCAAAGUUUUGAACUUAAAAUAAAUCCCAAAAUUAACAUAAAAAGGGUAACUAAGGAAAGGAACAGGCCUCUUUCCUCUUACGUCAGUGUCAAGGAGAGGCAUUUUAUUUCCCACUCUGGAGAAAGGCCUGCUUUUGACUCCUUUUUGUUAGCUGAGAAGAAAGCGCAUUCUAGAUCUUUUAAUAAGACACACUCAAGGAGGCCCUUGAGCGGAUUUCAGUUUCGAGACCAAAAGCCCAAAUUUUUGAAAAUUACUAAUUCUAAAGAACUUCUUGGAGACCAGCUUAGUAAAUUUUUGAUCUUUAAGAACGGAAAAUUGAGGAGAAAGAAAAGGCUGAGUCGGAAGAAGUUACGUAAGAAAUUGUGCUUGCAUGCGCCGAUUACUCCUAUAUUUACACAAAUGCCUAAACGGAAGAACAGGAAUAGCAGUUCAAUGUAUGUGUUUACUAAGUCUCAUGAGUCUAUACUGCAAGUCAAGUAA